AUUUAGGAAAUUCUAUAUGUCAUGUGAACCAACAAAAUACAUAUGAUGUCAUGAGCUAACAAGCAGAUUUUCAACAACCCCUGCCAUACUCCUUGUUUCCGCCGUUCUGCUCUUCUCUUGUUAAAAUGACGAGUAAUCUAGAAGAAGUAGACUCAAGUUCAGAGCAGGACAGCACAGUUUCCUCAGACAGUACUCCCACUAAUGUUCAGUCUGGAAGUGGCAGUCUUGUGAGUGUUGAGGGUGUACAGAUCUCUUUGGAUGUGGCAACUCUGGAUGAGAUUAUAUCUGGAAGAUCAGAUUGUGAGUUGCUCGGAAGAGGAACAUAUGGAAAAGUCUAUAAGUACACUUGUCCGCGAUCUGAUAUAACGGUGGCUUUGAAACAUCUUAUAUCAGCUAGAGUAAAAAAAUGUGAACCUAUCGCGAAGAAAUUUCAGCGGGAACUGGAGGUCCAUACGGACUUGGACCAAAGAAACAUCGUCAAGUUCAUAACGAGUAUCAGGGAAGACAGUGUGGGACCAGAUGGGGUUCUGAUUCUGGUACUGGAGUACGCAGAGAAAGGAUCUUUACAUGACCUCAUGAAGAAAGGGAAACUUCAGCGGUGUAGGAUACUGACUCAUGUUGUACAAAUACUGAAGGGGCUCGACUAUCUCCAUAACUUCACUGACACUUCCGGUAAUAGAAGACCCAUUAUUCACAGGGACCUGAGAUGUGCGAAUGUUCUAGUGUCCGCAGAUGACACCCUGAAGAUAGCUGACUUUGGGUUGUGUAAGAGGCUACAUGAGAUGGCAAUGGCUUCUGGGAUUAACUCUAAAAUGGGAAAUCCUUAUUGGUACGCUCCUGAGCUGGUGGAUCGGAGUAAACGAAUAGGUUUCAGCAUCAACACAUUGGUUCUGACAGAUAUCUGGAGUUUAGGUGUGUUGAUAUUAGAGCUGUAUUACUAUGGAGCGUCACGGAUACCUUACAUUGAUUAUUACAGGGAUCUAGAGUACAUCUUCAAGCUAGGAAACGGAUGGGUACCAAAGACGCCUAAGGCAGCACCCUCAGAAAUAAAACUGUUACUUGACAAGUGCUUCGAAUAUUGUGUCGACAAAAGACCAUCAGCGGCCAAGCUCCUGUCCAUGAUCAAUAACUUUGAUCUGACAAAGAGAGCGAACCUAGAAAUCGUAGAACCGAUAAAACCAUCUCUAGAAUCUUCUAGCAGCUCUGAUAACACUCCAGACUCUUACAUUACUGUCACAGAGUCAGUAUCAGACGGGUUCGGCUCAGACACGUACGUGACAGUAGACGCUCCUCUGGAACCAGUAAGAGACCCGCUGGAGGACGAGGAUGCUAGAUACCUAACUCUUCGGUUUGACCGCAAGUUUGAGCUCAGACGAAUGCACCUGGACGAUCCACAGAUUAGUAGGCUAAAUGAGGAGUCUGUUGAGCUUAUAUCAUAUGUUACUAAAGGAAAUGAAGAGUUCAUUCUUGAAGACUGCUACCAGCGCAACGGAACGUACGUUAUAAAGAGACUAAACACUGAAGAGGAGGUCUUUAGAGCAACGUUUGAUGAGGAGGGCAAAUAUCUAACUCUUAAACAGAGGCAGAAGGAAAUCUUCAGCAUAGACUCAACUAGUGAAGAAAAGGGAUAUCUGUCUGCAUCAGCCAAGGGCAGCUUUGCACAGCUCAACCAAUACAGCCGUCUUAAAAAGACGAUAACUAAGAAGAGAAUGAAGAUAAAGUCAGUUACAACAGAAGGAGCCCGUAUGUUGGACGCUAUGAGUCCCACCAUGAACCGAGCAUUCCCUCCAGCCCCCAGUCCAACUCAAGCUCUCUCUCCCUCAUCUCUUACACGAAGUGUCGCCUCAAUGAUGAGUAUUAGAUAUGAUAACAGGAGUCUGGCGGUCAAGAAAAACAAGCCACCCUCCAAGUAUUAUUAUAGAAUUCAGUUCAGAGAAGACAAGGCUGUAAUGGCGUAUUUUACUAAUUUGGUCGAUGAGGGUAAAUGUGAGAUAUUCGUGACCCCUGAUUCGAACAGUGCUUUGGUGGCUACUGUCGUGGGUUAUUUUUAUAGGAGGAAAUCUAGAAAAAAGAGAUCGACCUUCAGAAAUCUUUUCAAUUGGACUAGGUCAAGUAGUUAUGGUCAGAUGACCGAUGGAUGAUUAUUUUUGUUAGUGUAGAGACUCUCUGUUAUAACCGUAUAAUUGUUUUCUAAUAAAAAAGUAUCCGAAAUGUUGUGAUUCACAAGCUCUUAGAAUGAAUUGACGUAAUAUGUUUUUCAUUAAGUUUUUGUAAAUGA